ACGUCUUCCAUAGGAAGAUUCAAAACAGGCCGAAGUGUCCAACUAACAGGUGGUCGGCUGUGGCCCAGUAUUCUUUCUUUUUCUCUAGACUAGACUUCCGCUGCCGCUCUUGCUAAGAGGCCGCCGUCACGUCCGUCGUCGUCGUCGCUCCACCACGUCCAGUCCCAUCCUUUUUUCUCUCCCCAUCCCUCUCCGUUUUAUUUGACGGAACCCUAGAUUUUCACCGCUGCCGUUCAGGUACGUUCAACGUCGCCCUACCACGUCGUCCACUUCUUUCCUUUGCCUUCUCUUCGUUGAAACCAUUGAUGCUGUUGCCCUCUGCAUUUUAAACUUCGCCGUUUGCUUAUCGCCUCGUCCCGGUUCCACUGCAAUCGUUGCAUAGGCGGCACCUGGUUCGCCCGUGGUUCCUACCGCCGUCGCACCUGAUAUGAGAGAAUUACAAAUUUCCUUGAAUCAAACCCAGAAGAUUCGGCUUCAAAGAGCCCUAGAAUUGCUCGAGUCUAUCUCUUCGAAGGCCAAUUCCGAUGCUUCUGUUAUAGUUGCUGAUACCAUUCCUUUGAAUUACGACGAUGGUGUCCUCAAGGGACAUGGGACCCUUGACUUAAAUGGAGAAGUAGUUGCCACUAUUUGUGGAGUGGUUGAGCGAGUCAAUAAGCUUAUCUAUGUACGUGCCUUACGUGCUAGAUAUAAACCGGAGGUUGGUGAUAUCAUAGUGGGGCGUGUUACAGAGGUUGCCCCUAAACGUUGGAGAUUGAACAUAAAUUAUAGCCAAGAUGCUGUCUUGAUGCUUUCUUCAAUGAACUUGCCUGAUGGUAUUCAGAGGAGGCGAACUGCAGUUGAUGAACUCAACAUGCGGAGCAUUUUCGAAGAAAAUGAUGUUAUUUGUGCAGAAGUGCGUGGUUUUCAGCAUGAUGGCCUACACCUUCAAGCGAGAAGCCAGAAGUAUGGGAAGCUUGAACGAGGUCAGCUGCUCACAGUAUCACCAUAUCUAGUCAAGAGACGCAAACAACACUUCCAUCAUUUGGAGCAGUAUGGUAUUGACUUAAUAUUCGGAUGCAAUGGAUUUAUCUGGAUUGGGGAGCAUGUUGAUCCCACAGAGGAUAUGAUGAUAGAAGAUCAAGUUAAUAAAUCUGAACAAAAGGGUUCAAAAUUUGAAGGAACUUUUGGUAACCAAGUGCAAGAAAGAGUAUAUACUCCACUAGAGACACGUCAGAAUAUAUGCAGAACUGCAAAUGCUAUUCGAGUAUUGUCCAACUUAGGUUUCAUAAUGACAGUAGAAGUCAUAAUGGAGACAGUUAGUCUAAGUUUUUCUCUGAACAUCAAUGUGCAUGAAAUGCUUGGUUCGGAGUUCUGUGUCCUCACUGCAGAAAAAGAGGCUGAACGGCGGACUUCGAGUAAGAAGAGGGGAUGAAACUGUUGAAGCCCACAGGGCACAUGAAAGCAAGACAUGCAAGGUGGGGGGAAGAACAGAGUAGAAAAGCUGGCAAUUAUGAGAUGAGUUGUGUUGGGAUUGCAGCAGCUGGUGAGGUCACACAAAGAUAUAUUAUAAUAUUGAAAAUUGAAAAAGACAAAUAAUGAUGGCAUCUUCCACUAAUGACCCUACGAAACUCCUUCGCCCAAUAAAAAAACAAUUCUAAUAUUCUAAAUUU